AUGUUCCCUACAGGCCCAUUGGUCGACGACUCUGUCCGACCCCUCGGCGACGACGACCAGCGUGUGCUGUUGGGGUUGGUGCACAAGUAUGGCCUCAACAGCCUAAUGUGUGCCCUCACCGGGCUGGGCGAGUCCUCCCGCCUCUCGUCCGUAUCAGCGUCCAACACCCUCUUCAGCAGCAAUGGCGCCCCCUCUCUUGUCUGGACCGCCUCGGACGGCGCCUCCAUCCGCACACAGUCGACAACAGGACAGCACGGACAAGACCUGGACGUCCCAGCCAUCCACGACGCCGAGAUGGGCAAGCCCCAGGACCACACCUGGCUCGAGUCGCCCUGCGCUGUCCCCUCUGCCGACCUGCCAACCGGAUCGCCCAAGCUGUCCAUGGCCACCCUCAAAAGGUACCAGUGCCCCAUGUGCUUCAUGGACCGCAACCUGGUCGAAUUUGGCCGCAAGAGCGACUUUAAGAAGCACCUGAACAACUUCCACGGCACCGACGUCACCUGGAUCUGCCGCACCAAGAACUGCCACCUCUCGUUUGCGACGGAGCGCUCGUACAGCACCCACGCCAAGGAGGCGCACAAAAUGGAGGCCCUCCCCUCGAGCGCGGCGCGCACCGAGCUCUGCCCCCAGCUCGUGUUUGCCUGCGGCUUCGGCGCCUGCAAGGAUCGCCUCUUUGAGGCCGCCAACAAGGACGACGCCCCCAACGCCCGCGACAAGUAUUUUGAGCACAUUGCCAAGCACUUUGAGGACGAGUGGAACGUGAACGACUGGGAGUACAAGGUACACAUCCAGAACCUAAUGCGCCAGCAGCGCGUCAAGCCCAUCUGGAAGACGUGCAUCUGGCCCAAGGAAAGGAGGACGCAGCUGAGCUGGAAGCCCCGGUCGUCAGGCGACCUGAGGCGGAUGCUCGAGGCCAGACACCUGGGUGAGGACAUUUCGCAGCUCGUCCGCCUGGCCUACGUCCUUGGGCAGGCCCCCUUCACCCACAGCAAGGUGCCGCCGCCGUCCGAGGUCGACACCCACUUCCAGCUUCCCUUCCGCAGCCAGUGCCUCCUCGAGACGGACAGCCCCGAGCGUGGCUCGGACGACUCGACGCCCACCAUCGGCGUCUCCAAGUCGCGGCCCCAGAGCCUGUUCAGGCUCCCCAGCCGCAAGAGCAAGCCCACGCGGCCGUCGACGCCCGCGAGCAUCAACACGAGCGCCGCGCCCGACACGCCCAUGACCGGCGCGGGCGAGAUGCACCCUGGCACGCCGAUCACCAUUCCCCGGGGCGCGCCCAUGCCCUCUGACGCGCCUCGAUUCGUGCCCGACGACGCGCCGAUGCCGAAGCAGAUGCAGACGCCCGUCGGGACGCCCAUGUCCACGCCCGUCAACGACUCCCCUCUUUACGCUAUUCCCAUGGACGAGCAAGGCUACGCCAUGUACCACCACCAGCCUCAGCACCAUCAUCAGCCCCCGACGUCGAUGCCAGACGCCAUGGUCGUCUCGCCCUACGAGCCAGCCAUGGGCGUCCACAACAUCCCGCACGACAACUACGGCGAGAUGAUGUACGGUUGCGCACCGCCGUCCCUGCACCGGCCCGCCACGCCAGUCCCCCACCACAAGCGCCCCGGCUCCUGGUCGCGCGUGACCUCAAUGGAGGACCUGCGCCCCAAGAAGCGCACGUCGACACCGCACGGCAGCCCCUACGACACGCCCAUGGAGAUGAGCAUGCCGCUGGACCAGAUCCCCAAUGCGUACGGCGAGAUGAUACCGCCGCAGCAGCAUCACCACUAUGCGCCGCCCACCAGCGUGCCAGGGCCGGAGUGGGCGCUGCCCAUGCGCGAGUCAUCGUAUCACUACGAGCCUCAGCCGCAGCCGCAGCCGCCGCACCACCACCACCAUCACCACCACCAGCAACACAUGGGCGAGCCCAUGACGACGUUUUUCUUUGACGAGCAGUGA